UUAUAAACAUUGUGUAGAAAGUGUACGAAAUGAAAAUUAUAGAAGGAAAUCAUUGAAAAUAUUUUUAAUAUGCAGACAACAUCAAGGUAGCUGUAGCAAUAACAACAAUAUUAUAUAAAAUCAGGAAACUCAGAGCAUUUGUAUUAAAAAAUGUACACGGUAACAUCGGAAAUUUAUAAGGAAACAAAUUUCCAACCGACCAAAGGGGAAGAUGGUAAAACUGUUUCAAAAUUUGAAUUUAAAUAUCCCACUAAUGAAACGGUCUACGACAGCUGUGGUGUAACGCAUGACGACGAUGGUGAUCUGUUGGUGCGCAGAAGAAGUGACAUUGCAGAGAAAGACGGUGUUAUUGAAAUACAGCAUUCCGAGGCCACAGAAAUACGUUUGGUUGGUCUGCAAGUGUGGAGGGGAGCACUGUUACUAGCCGAUUAUAUAUUUCACAAGCGCGAUGAGCUUAAGAAUAAGCAAAUACUGGAAUUGGGAGCUGGUGUGGGAUUAACAAGUAUUGCUGCUGGUCUAUAUGUUAGAAAAGUUGUUUGUACAGAUGUUGAUAUCGGUGGUAUUUUAGAUUUAAUACGUGCCAAUGUUAAAAGAAAUAAGAAAUUGUGUGGCAAUAGUGAAAUAGAUGUACUGGAGUAUGAUUUUAUGGUGGAUAAGAAAAGUUACAGUAAAGAGCUUUUGAAUGCUAUAGAUGAAAGCGAUAUUGUUGUUGCAGCCGAUGUGAUAUAUGAUGAUGAUUUAACAAAAGCUUUUAUAAACGUUAUGGAAGCGAUUUUCGAAAGAGAAAAAGUAAGCAAUAAGAAAAAGACAAUAUAUUGUGCGCUGGAAAAGCGUUAUGUCUUCACAACAACUGAAUUCGAUUCAGUAGCCCCCAUGUUCGAACACUUCCUUAAAUUAACUAUGCCUAAGCCGUGGAAAUUCGAAUAUGUGCAAACUGAUUUUCCACAAUACUUUAAAUAUGAACGCUGUAAACACUUGGUGCUCCUUAAAAUUACUAGUUCUUAAUAGGUUUAAUUAGAAAAAUAAAUUGUUAUUUAUUUCUAUAUAAAAAAAAUUUAAAACAUACUUUUGUAUAUAAAUUAUAAAUAUUAUGUCGCUAAAUUAAA